AUGAGUUCCAGCUCUGUCACAUCCGGUGUCAUCGGUGAACGUGGUGUGCCGUCGAAGUGUGUAUGUGGUCUAGGUGUUACUAUCUUCACUUCUAAGACGCAAGAGAAUCCGGGUCGACCUUUCUUCCAUUGUGUCAGCAAAAGAGAUGUGAAUUCGUGGACAACCAAGAAAGAUAAUCACUUGUUUAAGUGGGUCGAGGAUGCCGUUUUUGAAGAAGUUGAAGAUGCUCUGCCAAGAGUAGCCAUCAUGGCAAAUGAGAUUAACAAAGUGAAAUUUGAGGCAAAUGAAUUAAAGGCUAUGAUCCAAGCUUUGAAGGAUGAAGAAAUGGUUAGCAAAAUGGAACUUCACAAAUGUCAAGUGUGUUUCAAAUUGUACUUUGUGUGGCUAUGUGUUAUGACCAUUAUGUUGGUUUAUGUGAUGUAUGGUCAAAGAAAAGAGAAGAAUCGUUUGUUUGUGUUGUAA